AUGAAUAAUAUAUUACAAACUACUACGGUUCGAGGAUUAACUACAUCAUUAACAUUGGGAUCAGUAGUUUUAGAACUGUUUAAUCUUGCUGAAGUUUUAGACUUGAAUUUCUCAAAUGCUUCAAUAACACCAUUAAAUCCUUCUUCAUCAAUAGUAUUUUUCGUUCGUCAAGAUCGCAAAGAUAAAAAUCGUACUGUUAAAGUUUUCAAUGGUAAUGGUGAUCAAGUUUAUUCAUUUGAAAGAUUAAGUACAUUUAAUCCCAUUUGGAGAAUGUUAAAUUACCCUCAACGUCAAGAGUUGGCAACUUUAAAAAUUGGAUUAAUUGAUCGAUCAAUAAAUUUCCAUAAUAAGUCUGAUUUUAACCAUCGACUGAUUUUUGCUGAUUGGGGGAUAAAUGGAAGGUAUAGAUCAUUUUAUCUUAAUGAUGGUUGUAAAUAUUCAUGGACAUCAUCAUCAACUAAAUGUUUGGAAAAAGUAAUUAAUCCUAAUGGUGGAUUGGAAGAGAAAAGAUUUCGAGUCGCUAAAGUUAAAUUAAUGAGACAAUUCAAAUUGGAUUUUGAAGUUUUAGUUGAUAAUAAAAAUAUUGAUCCGGAGAUUGCGUUGGCAACUGCUUUUAUUAGCAUGUUUACUCAAUGGGGGGUUGGAAGCUUUACUGAUACUGUUGGACCUACUUAUAUACCUGACAAAACUACAAAGAGAUUGGAAACUAUUAAUGAAGAAGAUUUGCAAAAAUGA